CAGACUCCAUCUGAAUUCCUCAGAGAUGAAGGGCAACUCAAGGAACCACUGGGGAAUCUGCCUCCUGGGGCUCUUGCUGCUUGUUGCCACCUCAACAGGGAUGAGAUUGCCCAGGAAAAGCAAUUUUUCCUGGCAGGAUUGUAAAGAUGCCUCACAAGAGAUCCUUGGGGAGUUGUGGAAGUUGAGAGUCAAUAAGCCGCUAGUGGUGACAGCCCCAACUAUCCCAUUUUCCCAGCGGAUUGAAUGCAGAGACAACUGUGAUCCAGAUUCCCUGGUUAAUAAUAAAACGCACUGCCUCAAUAAGAUCCAUCAGGGACUUCGCCAUUAUCAUGAACUUCUGGUCCAGUUUUCUAACCCAGAGUUAACCACCAAGCUACAAAAUGCCUUGCUUAAGGCAAAAUGCCUGUUGCUCCUUUCAAAGGUUGGAGGCAACUUUGAAAGCAGCAGCCCAGUCAGUCCCACCUUUGUGACAGAAUGGGAGAAAGGACUACUGCAGGACUCCAUUCUGUGGCGUCUGCAGUCCUUUGCGGUUGUGGUGGCAAGGGUCUUUUCCCAUUGUGCAGCCUUAGGUGGGGAUGCAAACUGAGAGGAGAGAAACCAAUGUGGGUUGCAGGAUUUGUGUCCCAUUAUGUGCUUCCAUUUUAUUUAAUAUUUAUUUAUUGAUAGCUUGUAUGUAUUUAACGUACUUGUUUAGUACAUUAUUUAAUGUAUUUAUUUAUGUUGGCCUGAUCCUUGCUGGACACUGAUAAUGGGCCAAAAUUGUGUAGGGACAUUAUGUGCCAACUUUUUAAUAUUAAAAAGGGGGCAGGUUUGUUGAAGAACCUUGCCCCCUUCACCUGUUUUAUUUCCAUACUGUCCAUUCCUUUUUGAGGGAUGAUUUGUGGGGUAUGAACGUGCAAAUAUUUUGUAUGAAUCACUCCAUUAAAGUUAUUUUUUGUUAUUCCUAAUGUGGAAAUAGCUUGACAUUUCAUU